AUGGCGACAUGGACAGGAUCCCCGAUAUCUGUAGAGGAGGUCUUCCAUCAAGUUUGGAAAUCGUCUGUGGAGAUUCAACCUUGUUUCUAUUUUCCCUCAUCCGAGAAAGGUGUCUUACCUUCUCCUGCAUUAGCUUCCCCGACAUCAACAUCAGAGUGUUCUACCGAAGACGAACUUGCUACAGCGGAAAUACUGGCAAGAAUCAAGUUUGGUAGUUCUAGUCCUUUGGGAGAAUCACGCAAGAGAUCCAUCCCUUCAUCUGUUGGUGAUGAUGAAGACGACAAGUGUCUCAUUAUCAAGAGGAAGAAAGAAAAUAGCGUUGAAAGUAGUACUGGUAGAGAAUCCGGUGGUCUGGAGAGAUGGCCCCCUAGAAAAGAGUUCGUAUAUCUCACUUGUGUGGUGGCCAUACCACCUGUUGGGAGACAGAAAUUGCCACUUUUUGGUAAACCAUGCGGACGAAACGAAAUCAUUGCAAAGGUAGUCACUUUGGCGACUGGAGAACCAUGUUCCAGAAAACUCAUAUCUUCCCAUGCUCAAGUAUUGAAAGGAAGAAAGGAAUUGAGCAAGCAACUGAGGGAUUUGUUGACUACCGAGGAAGGCAAAAAUAACGAUGAUGAAGCUGCACCUACGGUUUACACUCUAGGGUCUGAUUGGAAUUUCCCAAAAUGUCUUAACAGACUGAUUGGGCUUCCUGAAAAUCAAGAUUUGAGAACAUCUUCACCCCCUCAAUCGAUCUUGGACCAUUUCGGUGACAGUUCCAAAUCACUUAAAUCAAUUGCAAGCAAAAAGGACAAACCUACACCAGCAAAAACCAAUCGUUUAACAAUCAAAACAGGAAGACCAUCAAAAUCACUUUCGCCUUCCGUCUUCACUGCCUCCAUCAAAGGGGAAAAUGAGGUACAUCUACCUACGCCCAAAUCUUCUCAAUUACCGUCGCCCGGUUUACAAAGUACUCCUUUCAUAGGACGUGAUAAUUCAAGAAGACCUUCGUUACCUUCACCACGUGAUAUAUUCUCGCCACAUUAUAGAAUGACCACAACGCCUCGCAGAAUCCCAGAUUUCAGUACGACAUCACCUGUACCUAGACGACCAGCCACCGUGCAAGGUUUCACAAGAUCGUAUAAUAGACUUCUUCCUUUACCCGAACCCGAAUCUCCCAUUUCUCGAACAUGUGGUACAUCUUUGUUUUUUCAAACCCCCCCUGCUAGGAGGACAUCAGAGUCUCAUCUGACAUACAGUCUGGGAAAGCUCUACUCAACAUUCGAGAAGGAAUGUCUGAGACUGAAGGACACCACACCAUCUGGUGUGUCGGUCGAAGACAUAAAAAGGACCGAGAGAGGCAAAGACCAUUAUCGGUGGUUCUGA